AUGUGUGAAAAUGACUUAGUUAAAGCAAUAUUUUAUGUAGUUAUUGGAGGAGUAUGGACGCUUUAUUUCAUUAUCUGAAUGAUCUACACUUAUUUCAUCAAUCGGCAACACAUAAAGCCACUUCACAAAAUCCUGACUUUUAUAGUUCUUUUCAAAAUGAUGAAUAGUGAAUUUGCUGCUCUUCUUGCUUUUGCUUGUAGAGACGCAACUGGGUGGUAUCCAUACUGAGGCUUAGGCUACACAUCUACAUAUACGCUUUACAACACUUUCCUUUACACAUCUCUUAUUUUAUCCUAUUUUAUAUCAAAAAAACCCCUAUUUUUAUAUAAAAAAUUACAGAAUAUUAAUUUUCAGCCCAUAUAAAUAUGUAUAAUUAGCAAAGGCUUUUGCAUUACCCGAGAACUUCUGGACAGAACCGAAGUCACCAUUGUAGCUAUCACAAUGGGAUCUUCUUACCUCGGCUUCAGUGCUUAUAUGAUCCAACAAAUGGAAUUGUCCUUUGCCUUGCUCGCGAUAUUGAUUAUAUUUUUCUAUCUCAAUGUAAAAUACACACUCGUCAACAUAAAAAACCUCCAGUGAAGAUUCAGUAUCCUCAGGAACACAAACUUGCCUGAACUUUUGGCGUCUUAUGCAGCGAAAAUUAAUAUGCUGAAAUUUUACCUGCUGAUUUUGCAUUUGUUUUUUGUGAUACAGCUGAGCUUGUUUUUAGCUGUAGAAAUAGGGGAUUUGGUUAUAGGGGAAAAUACAUUAAGGGAAUCAGAUUUUAUUACAAUUCCUGAUGAAAUUAGUGAGAGCGUGGGGAUCAUGAUUAUUGUUAUGAUUUUUAGGGCAAAGGAUAGAGGGCAGCUGUUUUUUUUGUCAAUUUAUCAGGAUGAGUCUGAAGAUCAGAGGCCGCCUCCGAUGAUGUCAGCGAGACUACCUUUGGGAUUUGAUGUGCCGCGCUCAGAAGAGAAACCAAUGAUUGUGAUGUGUCCUCAGGAGUUUAAUGCUGGAAAACCUUAUAAAGCAAUUAUGUUGGCAACUCCAUAUCCUCAUGGUGUUGUUUUAUCUGAAGAAUCUGAUUAG